AUGGAUGGUCAAAACGAGAACACCGUCUCCUUCUCAACCCCGAACUCAAGGCGCAUGUCUCCCUCUCCGGUCACGCAGCCUGCCGUAGCGGCUCCAGCCACAAUGGAGGAUGGUUCCGGUAGCACGAAGAGGGUGAGAGGUGAAGGUUACCAGCGCGAUGAACAAGGGACACAAAGGAAUAGGUCGACGUCGACGUUGCCAAACACUAUAGGUGACAUGUCGUAUGUGACUGCUGGAGGAGGGGACUUCACGCCGUAUAUCUUCAGAGUUGAAGCAGGAGAGGAUAUAAUUCAAAGGAUUAUGUCCUUCACGGAGAAUGGUGCUCGCGGAGUAGUUGUGCUAUCCGCAAAUGGUUGGGUUACUAACGUCAAGAUUCAAACGCUUGAUAGCGCCCGCAAAGUUGUGACGCAUGAGGCUACGUACGAUUUAGUAUCGCUGAGCAGUUCGAUGACGACAUCUGAUGGCGGAUCAGUGUAUAAUCAGACGGGAGGGUGGCGGAUUAGGAUUGCUGCGGCAGGUGUCGUCUUUAGUGGUGUUUUGGUUGGUAGACUCAUUGCAGCAAGUCAAGUCCAAGUUGUGGUUGGAAGUUUCUGGCCGUUGGUCACAAAUCCGCCUCAGAGAAGAUACGGUGAUCCUAACGAGGAGGUCGUUGCACCGGAGAUGCAAAAUUCAUCGCAUUCCUCAUCCAAAGGAAAAGUCCAACAACCAGAUAUGAUGGCCAGCCCUUCUCAGCCUCAGGAGAAGAUUAAUAAGUCCAGAGCUGUAACUGGUGCAUCACCUAUAGUACCAAGCACAGUGUCAUUCACAAGAGAAGUCCCACACCAUGACAUGAGUGGAUCUUCUCACUCUCAUAUGAGGACUGAUGAGUUCCAAACUAUGAAUGUUUCAGCCAGAGUACCAAACUCAUUGGCUUUCUCAUUGAAGGUACAAGUUCAACAACCAGAGAUUGGCUCUCAUCUCUCCCUAACAAUGAACGAGCCGUCCCAAGGUGCGACUGUUGGAUGUACAACACCAAGCGAGCUGGCUAUCUCGCUCAGAGGACAAGUGCAACAACCAGAGAUAAUAGGCCCAUCUACCUCUCAUACGAGGAACGAUGACUCUCGAGCUGUGGUUGUUCCAAGCGCCUCGGCAUCCUCCUCCACAGGAGAAGUUACACAGCCAGAAAUGGAAGGCCCUAUUCUGACUCUAGGGUGGCACAACUAG